AUGCGCUCAGCAGUAAACUGCUUAAAGAGCCUGCGGGCCUACUCUAAAUACGGCAGCAACCAUGGCGCGCUGCUUGCUCGGGGCUUUUCAGUUACGGUGCGGCGAGCCGAGAUCAACAAGGUAUACCCGUCAGCGGCCGAGGCUCUCAAGGAUAUGAAGCCCCACUCGAUUCUCAUGUGUGGCGGGUUUGGUCUUUCGGGUGUGGCCGACACGCUGAUCGAGACCGUCGCCACCAUGCCACACAUCAAGGGCCUGACCGCCGUCUCCAACAACGCCGGCACGGACGACAGCGGCCUCGGCAAGCUUCUUCAGUCGCGCCAGGUCAGCAAAAUGAUUGCCUCGUACAUUGGCGAGAACAAGACGCUCGAGCAGAUGUACCUCAAGGGUGACAUCGAGCUUGAGCUGACCCCGCAGGGCACACUGGCCGAGCGCUGCUCUGCCGGUGGCCGCGGCAUCCCGGCCUUUUUCACACCGGCUGCCCUCAGCACCGUUGUGCAGACCGGCGAGCUGCCCCUGCGCAACAACCCCGACGGUACCCCUGCCGAGUUCUCCACGCCCAAGGAUCUGCGCGUGUUCAAUGGCAAGGCCUACCUGAUGGAGGAGAGCAUUGCUGGCGACUACGCAUUCGUAAAGGCCUACAAGGCCGACCGUCUCGGUAACUGCCAGUUCCGCCUCUCCGCGCACAACUUCAACGGUGCUAUGGGCCGCAAUGCCAAGAUGACUAUUGUCGAGGCCGAGCACAUUGUGGAGCCCGGUGAGAUUCCGCCCGAGUCGGUGCACCUUCCGGGGAUCUACGUGAAGCGCGUGGUGCAGAGCACCGCUCCCAAGAAGGUUGAGAAGUACGUCUGGACGCUGGACGAGGCCGACGCCGCCGAGCAGACCAAGAAGACGCUGGGCACCGGUGAUACGGCUGCCAAGCGCGACCGCAUUGUGCGUCGUGCGGCCAAGGAGUUUAAGAAUGGCAUGUACGCUAAUCUUGGCAUUGGCAUGCCCAUGCUGGCGCCCAAGUUUGUGUCUGCGGACGUCGAAGUCCAGCUGCAGAGUGAGAACGGCAUCCUGGGCCUGGGUCCGUACCCAAAGAAGGGAGAGGAGGAUGCCGAUCUGAUUAACGCAGGCAAGGAGACUGUCACCCUGAAGCCGGGUGCGUCGGUCUUCGGCAGCGAGGAGAGCUUCGGCAUGAUUCGCAGCGGCCGCGUCAACCUGACAAUCCUCGGCGCUAUGCAGGUCAGCGCCAACGGCGACUUGGCCAACUGGAUGUUGCCGGGCAAGGUCAAGGGCUUCGGUGGCGCCAUGGACCUCGUCAGCAACCCGAGCGCGACCAAGGUGGUGGUCACGAUGGAGCACACUGAUAAAAAGGGCAACCCGAAGGUUGUUAAGCAGUGCGCCUUCCCAUUGACCGGCAAGGCCUGCGUUUCGCGCAUCAUCACAGAACUGGGCGUCUUUGAUGUCAACUUUGCCAGUGGCCUGACCCUGGUCGAGAUUGCAGACGGUGUUACUGUCGACGAGAUUCGUAGCAAGACCGAAGCGCCGUUUGCGGUCGCCGAUGACCUGAAGCCGAUGCUGUAG